UAACCAUAUUUUUUUGACAUAUUUAAAUUUUCGGUAUUUAUUUCGAAAAAAACCUUGGCCUUUUUUAGGGUUCUUGUUUUCUUUACGAAGCGUUCUUCAAAAAAUUAUCUGUGAAAUUUUCUGUAGUUUCCUUCUGACAAUCGAAGAUCUAAAACACCCUAUACGGCGCCAUGUACGGAUCCAGAGGGGCAAUGUUGGGAAGCGGGGGGGUUUCGGACGGGUACGAGGUCGGCUCAAAGAGACAAAGAAUGAUGGAAUCAACUCCCUACUUCGCAGUGAACAGCGGUAUGGGCGGCUAUCAACCUUACGGGUAUGGUGGUGGCUACCAACCUCCUUCGUUUCCGGUAGUACGACUUAGGGGUCUUCCUUUCAACUGCACUGAUAUCGACAUUUUCAAGUUCUUUGCUGGAUUGGACAUUGUCGAUGUUUUACUAGUCAACAAGAAUGGAAGGUUCUCUGGAGAAGCCUUUGUUCUCUUUGCCGGGUCAAUGCAGGUUGAGUUUGCUUUGCAAAGGGAUCGACAAAACAUGGGACGCCGCUAUGUAGAAGUUUUCCGGUGCAAGAGGCAAGACUAUUACCAUGCCGUAGCUGCAGAGGUGAAUUACGAAGGAAUCUACGAUAAUGAUUUCCACGGAAGCCCCCCACCCUCUCGAGCAAAGAGAUUCAACGAUAAGGAUCAAAUGGAAUACACCGAAAUACUCAAGUUGCGUGGUCUUCCUUUCUCGGUGAAGAAGCCUGAAAUCGUUGAAUUCUUUGCAGAUUUCAAAAUCGUUGAAGACAGGAUACACAUUGCAUGCCGCCCCGAUGGGAAAGCCACUGGAGAGGCAUACGUGGAGUUUGCUUCCGUCGAGGAAGCUAAAAGAGCAAUGUGCAAGGAUAAGAUGAUGAUAGGGUCUCGAUACGUGGAGCUGUUUCCUUCAACACCAGACGAAGCUCGACGAGCCGAAUCAAGAUCGAGGCAGUGAAGAGGUCCUGUUAUCUGGGUUUUUGAUAUGUAGUCUUUGGUUUGUAUGUUUGUCAUUCUAGCCUGAAGAAAUGCAUGUCAACCCAUAUUUAAUGGGUUAAUCUUCUUCCUAUGUGUGUCUCUGCUCUCAAAAUAUAAUCUCCUAAUCCUAUUAGGUUAAAUAUGAUCAGUAUGUUGUUGAUGUACUUUUUUUUGUUUUUCUUUUAGAUAUUUGAAUUUUGGUUUUAAGGAUAUAAAAUAUAUUUUAGAUAAA